AUGUGUACGGAAGCAGGCGUCGUUUUCAAAGUUCGCUAACGGCCGUUGUCUUGGUGCUGUGUCUCUGCUCCUGUAAACACGGCUACUGCUUAUUAACUUAAACGUUUUCUCUCCCAGCACGAUGGAUUUUGUAUAACCGGACUCCGUGCAGAUGAUUUUACACUACCUCCUUUACUGAAAGCUGAAAAUAUUAUGGACAACCUGGAUUUCACAGAAGAGGAAAUUCAAGAGCAGCUGGCGAUCCUCGGCUACAGGAACAUACCAAAACACAGGCUGCGUGAAUUCAAGAAAGAUCUUGAUGAACUGGUCCGACGUGGAGAAUGGAAAACCCUCACGUCAUCCACCCAGAUAAACUCCACCAAAACUCAUCCAACCACAUCUCAGGCCAGCCCUCCUGCCUACACCAAAGAAAAAGUUAGUCAGUGCCACUUCAAAGGCUCCGGUGAGGGAUUUUUCUUACAUGGUGCCACAGCAGACCACGAGAGACCAGUGCUCACCACCUGUCAGAACAGAGACUGUGGACGGCAGCAGGGACACUGUGACUCGUACGCUCAACACUCAGUGGCGCCAAAGCUCCAGCUGCCUUCAGGUGCUCCCACCAGGCUGCAGGUGGAGCCCGACCCUGAGGACACCCUGCACCCGCCGCUCACAGACAGCUACGUGUCUUCCCCGGACACCCAGGGGACACGCUUCAUCAAGAGAAAAGUCCUCAGGAAACAUAAAGGACAGUCACUUGUCUGCGAUGAGUCAGUCUACAGUGAAGAUUCAGAUGCGACGAGCUGUCUGGAGGAACGGCUGGCAGAGCUUCAUCUGUCCACGUCUGCUCAACACGACUCUGAGACGGAGAGCGAUGACGCCGCCGGUCAGAGCGACGCUCACAGCUCUGAGGCUGACAGGAUCUCUCUGAGUGCCUUUGAAUCCUACAUCAGAGGCAUGACUCGAACUCAGAGUGACGGUGACCUCAGGCCCAAACCCAAAUCCUUCAUUCGACCAGUGAUGAGUCAGCAGACCAUAAAGAAAACUGACCCAGUGGCCAAGUAUUUCCAGUACAAGCAGCUCUGGGAAAUGUUCAAGCUUCCAGGAGAGAAGGACAGGAGAGCGCUCCGCUGGGAGAUAAAGGAGCGUCUCGCAUACCAGCCUCCACCUCCCAGACCUCGGCGGGUUUACGUACCCAACACCUACAUCGUGCCAACGGAGAAGAAACGCUCGGCGCUUCGCUGGGAGAUCAGGAACGACAUGGCGAACGGUCUUCUUCCUCACAAAUUCAGUUAUCGAUUUUAG